GGGCGGGGACUCGGGGGCGGGACUUGGCGGUGAUUGGAAGGGAUUGAGGACGGGUCGGGAACCUGCAGUCUGAGGAAGCUUCAGGAUGUGACUCUAGGACCCAGGGGCAGCGACAGAAGAACCGGGAGGAAGAGCCUGGGAUCCCCUCCCCUUUGACCUUCCCCAUCUCUCUGGUUGCGGGGGGCCAUGGCUGAUGAGCAGGCUGACUUUAACCUGAAGGUCGUGCUGAUCAGCUUCAAACAAUGCCUGAACGAGAAAGAAGAGGUCCUCAUGGACCCCUAUAUUACUGGCUGGAAAGGACUGGUCAGGUUCCUGAACAACCUUGGCACCAUCUUCUCCUUCAUCUCCAAGGACGUGAUCGCCAAAAUCCAGAUCAUGGAGAGGUUCCGCAGCAGUGACCAGAAGGACCACUACUCCAGCCUUCAGGCCAUGGUGCAAUAUGAGAUGGAUAACAAGCUGGUGGACCUCCAGAAGCGCUCCGAGCAUCCUGACUCCGGCUGCCGCACCAUCCUCCGCCUGCACCGGGCCCUGCACUGGCUGCAGAUGUUCCUGGAGGGGCUCAGGACUAGCCAGGAGGACUGCAAGACCUCGGUGCUCUGCACGGACUCCUACAACACCACCCUGGCCAACUACCACCCCUGGCUCAUCCGCAAGGCCGUCACGGUGGCCUUCUGCACGCUGCCCUCCCGGAACGCCUUCCUGGAGACCAUGAACGUGGGCCCCCCCGAGGAGGCCGUGGAGAUGCUGAACGAAGCCAUGCCCUUCAUCUGCCAGGUCUACCAGAUCACCCAGAAACUCUUUGAAGAACACAGCUUGCUGGACCUUCCCUAGGAGGGGGAGGUGGGCCCAGGCGACCCUCCCGCUCUCAGCAGCUGGUGGAGAAACCCUCCCAGCGCGUGCCCUCCCCGCUGCUUCAGCCCUGCUCGGAAUCCUCGUUUCCUCUUGCCUGUUUUCCGCCAAGCUUGGCCUUGGCUGUCACGGAGCCUAGAAUCGGCCUUUGGAGGAACCGUUGGUGAUCCCUGGAGGUCACUGGCAACCAGGAGGCCCGAUUUGUGUCUGAGGAGGCUGGUUUCAGCUCCUCCCGAUCCACCUACCGCCUGAAGCAUCAGAAAUAAUGAGAGUAAAAUCGUGUAGCCUCUGGGGAAGCCCUGAACUCUGCCCUCACUCUCCUAAUCAAAACAGAAGGGAAGAAACUUGGGAUAAUUUAAAAAAUAUUUUCUUUAAUUUUGAAUCACACUACAGUGUCCAGGUGCACAAAGGAAGUCCAUAGAAUUAACGUUUGCCUAUUCUGAUUCCCACUCCUUCAUCCCCUGCAAAAAGAUGCAUUUUCAUAUCUAAAUAGGGAGGCGGGCGGAAGAGGAGAAGCCUUCUUCUAAUCCAGGGAGUGUCGUAGUCAUAAUUUCUGACUCCUUUGUCUUGUCUCUGAGAUGGUCUUUAGUGGAAUGGAAAGGGGCGAAAUCCUUUAUUUCCUUCCCAUCCUCUCUUAAGGAAAACUUUAUACGUGUCCAUUUAGUUCAGCUAGCAGAGGUUAGCAGCUCCUGCUCACGGGUCUCUAGCAAGGCAAGCACAACCUGCAGAGGAUUUCCCCCAAAGCACCGGUGCGUCCCUCUGGGGUCUCACCAAAGGCAGCGCUGGCGUCCGAAGCCCUGCUGGGGCCCUGGGUCAGUGCUGAAUUAUAACAGGCCGGCUCAAAUCAGCUGAAGAGGUUGGGUGAGGGAUACCCGUGAUAUCAGGCCUGUUCCCAUCUGCUCUGAGACCUUGGCCCUCUCCCAGUAAAGAUGCUGAGGAUUCUGCCUCUCGUCCAUGGACAGAAUUCCCGUCUGGCUCUCCUGCAGGUUAUUAUUGAAGUUUUUGAAAUUAUUAUUGAAAUUUUUUGAAAUAUUAUUGCAAUUAUUGAAAUGAAGUAUUGAAAUCCUGGUGGCUGCUGGGAGCCUAUGUUAAUGGCCAGUUUGCUCCCCAGGCAGAGGCUCAGCCUGACUGUACUGACUGAGCACUUUAUUUAGAGGGCUCCUCCUUCAGAGCAGCAACAUACCUGUUCCUAAGUGGUGCUCCUCCCUAAGUGGUGCUCCCUGGGACUACCUCCCUCCUGGGAAUCACUCCCCAAGUGAAGGUCUCCCCUGGAAAACCCAUAACAGUUACUUCCAAGCCCAUGUAAUGUGCUCCCUCCCCAAGUCAGUUUCCUCUGUAAGAUGUGAGAAAUGGGGAAUCCCCCCCUUCUGAGAAAGACUUUAAAAUGCUGCUUGCAGGGCCAUGUGCUGCUCUAAGCAAACCCCCCAAAUUCCAAAGGCCAAGUUUCCCACCCUAGUUUUCAAACAGGACUUCAUCUGGCUUUGACUCCUGUUACCAUCAGUGUAUGUAGUGAGCCCCCCAAGGAGCGCCGCUCCUCUGUGCUGGGCUGGGGUAGCCAUCCUUCCUCACCUGGCCUGGCUCUAGGGCCCUCUUCUCCACCUGUGCCCAGCUGGGCUCCCCAGCUGCUCUCCUUUCUAGUAUCACCCUCCUGAUCCACAAGGUUCUAGCCACCAUCUGGGAAGAAAACCCCGGGUGAGGGGCCUCCAUCCCCUGUCCUGCCCUUCGGAGUAUGGCAGCAGCCCUGGGUGGAGAGGAGGGCUGGAAGGUUGGGAGCAGGGGCUGCCGUCUCCCUGUGCCCCAAGCUCCCCCUCCCCAGAAAUGGAAGCACUCGGCCUCCUUUUAUGAUGGAGAUGAGGGGCCUUUCCUGGCCCUGUCGCCCACGUGGCACCAGGUUUACUGGUAUGGACAAUAUACCGACAUUGGUCUUCUGACCUGCACUAUAGCUGGGGGGAGGGACAGGAAGGGUUACCUCAGUGUCGCCCCCUGAAUUUCCCACUGCCGCCUGCUCCACAUUCCCCCGAAGACGGACUUUCGGCAAAUCUGCCCCUUUGGGUGAUGUGUAUGCAGCAGGACCUGUGGCUUCGUUCCUUGUGGAGAAGGAUCAUAAUAGAUGUGAUUAUUUUUGCAUUUAAAAUAAAUCAUACUUGGUGGAUAGAAGUGUACUGAGUGCUUGAAUGUGUAGGAGAGCCGUUGCCGGUGGCCUGGAGGCCUUUCAGAGCCACCCCCAAAGACUCCAUUAGAGGGGGCAGUGACAGUGCAGAGAACAGAGGUUCCCCCCACCCCCCUUGGGGUCUGAGGACUCUGUCCCACCAUCUUCAGCUGGAAAUAAUUGCCUGUUUAGGUGACCACAAACAUAAGCACAAGCUUCAAAGCGUGAUUUGUUUUCUGCACCGGUUUGGAGUUACAGAGGCAAAAAAUGGUAAGCAGUAAAUGAAUGAAUCUGAAAGAACACCAUGACUAGUGCAUUACCCCAGGAAGUCACCACACUUUUGGGGGGGGUUGUUAUUGGAAGGGGUUCAUGGAACGAAAACCUUUGGUGUCCAUCCUGUCUUAUUGGCUUACCAGUUGCGUGACUCCGGGCAAGUCACUUUACUUCAGCCACAGUUUGUUUAUCUGAACAGCAGCAAUAAUAAUAGGACCUGCCUGUGGGAGGAUCAGAUGAGAUUAUAAUUGUUAUUAUAAUUAUGCUUAUAAUUCAAAGUCAUACCGCUAGCAUGAGCACUGGGAUCAGAAUCCAGGUGUCCUCCUUUAUAUCCCACCGCCUACUCAUAGGCCAUCAAACUGAUUCAUAAACCAUCACCUUCCUCACUUGGGUGAUUUGUGCCGAUGUCAUAUGAGGAAGCAAUCCAGUCUGCUGAAGCCUCCACAGAUGAGUGAUCCUCCCACUUCUGAGGCUGCACCCUCCACUGCAGGACAGCUCUCCUGAUCAAAAAGUUGCUACUGGUUAUUGAUGGAGCCCAAAUCUGAGUCCCAGCUCCCCCAGCCACAGGUUCUGGCUCUACUGGCUCUGCUACUUGGGGCCAAACAAAAGAAAGCCUCAUUAAUUCUUUAUCCCUAUGCCGGCACUUCAGACACUGGAAGGUAUCUGUCCUCCCCCAUCUCCAUCUCAACCCGCACUUUUCUCUGAGCCCAUUAUGUCCAGUCCCAUCAUCAUUAUGGAACAGACUCAAAGCCCAUCAGCAUCCUGGCCACCCUCUUCAAGAGCCCUCGGCUUAUCAACGUCCUUCCUACACUCCAAUACCCAGAAGUGACCCCCAAACGGUGUGCUUGGACCUUCCCUCCUUAGGGAACCACCUACAUUGUGAGCACAUUUCUCAUCCUUGACCUGGUGCUCUCAGUCACUAAUUCCUUAUUGACGCUACAGCCUGGGGGUCCUGAGGUCCUGGGAGCUCCCAUCCAGUUAAGGAACUCAUCCCACCAUCCUCCAGUCCAUUUAUUACCGCUUUCAGUUAUAGGUUAAGAAAAGUGCUUUGGAACUGGCUUUGUGGAGGCUAUCAUCCAAAGGCCAACAUUCCAUUCUUCUUCCUUCCUGGCAGGAUGUGGGAUCCUCCCAGCUACCAGAGGGCCCCGCCCAGCAUUCGAAUCUAGGCAGCAAGGAAGUGUAUUUGGAACAAGCUUUUGGGGUGUGAGAGUCUAGUCUACCCUCUGAGGCAAGGAGAAGAGAAGGCAUCUCUGGGCCAUGGAAGAUCUUAAACCUAUUUCUGGAUCUUGGAGUCCAAGGCUUUCUGGCUCACUCUGACAUGGCCUGCCUCCUCUCUCUCUUGCUCUGCUUUGUCCCAUUAGGCUAAUAAUGCUUUGCCUCCUAUGGGCACCCGGCAAGAAUGCUUUUUCAGGAACAUUGCUUGUCACCACUAUUCUUCCGUCCCCCAGCUUAGAUGUUUGGCUGAUGCUCCUCCUCUGGGUCUUGGCCAGAAGUAUCCCUGGUCAGCAUGGCCUUUUUUCCCACAAACAUACCUCCUAUAGCUCAUGAAAGAGCAGACCCAGAUGGGGGUGAAUGAAAUGGGUACCAAAAAGCUAAAAAAAUAACUAGAAUACUUGCCAACCAUCAGUAAAUCACACUUUUCUCCUAUAUCUACCACUGGAAGGUUCCACAGCUCCCUACUGGUUACAGAUGAAAAAAACUGAGGCAGCAGAAGGGGAAGAUAGUGUCAGAGAACUAAGUUCCUGGAUUUGGGCCAGAACUCUCACCACUAUGAUAAAUGAGACCAGAACCAGAUUAAAAUAUAAUUAGGAAAUGUUUAACAAAUUAAAUAAAA